AUGAUUGCCCUACAGUUUCCAGAGGGUGUACAGCUACUCGAAACAAGCCGCGGUCUCUUCGGUCGUAAGGGUAGUCCCGCGCAAGCAAAUGCCCGUCGCGACUACACGUCUAAAAGGAGCAUUCACGAGUUUGCUACGCCUGAGGAAAUCAAGGCCACCAGAGAAGCUUUUGAGCUGCUCAAACGCCUGAUGGUCAGCGCUCCGGUGUUGGCCUACCCCGAUUUCAAACGCGGCGGUUUUAUUCUGUUCGUCGACGGCAGUGAAGAGAUGGGUUUUGCCGUCGCUAUUCACCAGAAGGAUGAUAAAGGUAUGGGACACCCCAUCCUAUUCAUGUCCCGAACCCUGUCGCCCCCCGAGAAAAACUACUGGCCUACCGAACUUGAAACGGCGGCCUUGAUCUGGGCCCUGUAA